AUGACCUUGAACGACCUUGAGGUGUGGUUCGACCCUUCCAGCGUAACCUCUUGCUGUGCUGCCGUUGGCUUAUGCGAAAGCACCAAGGAGCAGUUGAAUAUUGACAAACAUGGAUUACUGUAUAUUAUUUGUCUGUUUAAAUCUCAAAAUGAAUGUAUCUCCUCUAUUGCAGGCGUGACUGGGAGUGAUUUUUUGCUAUAUAAUGAGGACAAUCAAAGCAAUACGACAUUUGAGUAUACAGAGGAAACUGAAAGCAAUGCAACAUUUGAGGAUAACGAGAACUUUCAGGACCAGGAGUUGUAUCACUAUGGAAACUGUAUUGACAGUGAACUGGAGAUAAUUGCUGGUUUCUGCUCUGAGCAGUUUCAGAGAGACAUGAUGGAGAUAGGGGAAGAGAACUGGUGUGACUGGGAGAGAGUCAUCAGAGCCUACAAUGAUAUGAGUGUCUGUAUGGAAUAUCUCACGACGUCAGGGACUGGCUGCUUUUAUCCCAACCCGACAAUUCAGAAACACUUCAUCAGUAUACACAAACAUUACUUCCACUCGUGUUCUGAUCCCACUCCGGAACGGCAAGAUGUUCCCACAGGCUUGGUUCUGACUCUGACACUCAUCCCUGUUAGUCUGAUCCCGGUCUUGCUGUUUCUGGUGGUUAGGAAGAGUAGAAUCCAGGAGUGA